AGCCAUUUAGCCAAUUAUUUAGAAACACCAACUCAAAAACCCACACCUCUUCUUCUCUAUUCCUCUGCAAGUGUGUGGAUGGAGAUACCUCCAUUCUCAGCAACAUCAAUCCUCCCAUAAAAAAACAUCAAUUUCCCAUAUUUGUUCCUUUACAUAUAUAGACAAAAUGUCCCUCCAUUUCUCCAUUUCAUCUUCAAUUAUCUCCCCUUCUCCACCUCUCUUUUCUCCUAUUUCCUCUCCCUAUUUCCUCCCUUUUUCCUCUCUAAAUGGGUGCAAUUCUUCAAGAACCACUAUUUCCUACCAAUACAACAAUAAAAUACCAAGAACAAGUGCAAAAUUCGGGCUUUAUUAUAACUCCAUGGAUAAACAACCUGAUGGGUGUUUCAGGGUCUCUUCUGUUUCCACCUCUGGUGCAGCAGAUGGAGAGUUAGAGAAUUCUAGUCAUGGUGGUGAGAAUCAAAAGAGUCCAUUUGAAGAAGAUGGAGAUGAAGACGUUGAGGAGGAGGAGGAGGUAGAUGUUGUUAGCCCGACUGGUGUUUUGCCUGAGAGAUGGGAUGUGCUUGGUCUUGGUCAAGCUAUGGUGGACUUUUCUGGCAUGGUUGAUGACGAGUUCUUAGAAAGAUUGGGAUUAGAGAAGGGUACAAGAAAACUUGUGAACCAUGAAGAGAGGGGUAGAGUUUUGCGAGCUAUGGAUGGUUGCAGCUAUAAGGCAGCUGCUGGUGGAUCUCUAUCAAACAGUCUAGUGGCAUUGGCAAGGCUCGGUUGCAAGCCCAUGACAGGCCCUGCAUUAAAUGUAGCCAUGGCAGGCAGUGUAGGGAGCGAUCCACUUGGUGAAUUCUACAGAGCAAAACUACGCCGGGCAAAUGUAAAUUUUCUUUCUGCACCUGUCAAAGAUGGCACAACAGGAACAGUGAUAGUUCUAACUACUUCAGAUGCACAGCGAACUAUGCUUGCAUAUCAGGGCACAUCUUCUGAUGUUAACUACGACGCUUCUUUGGCUAGUAUAAUUCCCAAGACAAACAUACUGGUAAUUGAAGGUUAUUUGUUUGAACUGACUGAUACAAUUAAAACAAUUACAAGAGCCUGUGAAGAUGCACGGAGAAAUGGUGCUAUGGUUGCUAUCACAGCAUCAGAUGUGUCAUGCAUCGAGAGACACUAUGAUGAUUUUUGGGAAAUUGUAGAGAACUAUGCAGAUGUAAUUUUUGCAAAUGGUGAUGAAGCCAGAGCUUUAUGCGAUUUUGCCCCAAAGGAAAGCACGAUUUCAGCUACAAGGUAUCUGAGUCACUUUGUACCGUUAGUCUCUGUUACAGAUGGACCAAGAGGGUCCUACAUUGGUGUAAAAGGAGAAGCUGUAUAUAUCCCUCCUUCGCCAUGUGUACCAGUUGACACCUGCGGUGCUGGAGAUGCAUAUGCAUCCGGCAUUUUGUAUUGCAUUCUACGUGGUGUAUCGGAUUUGAAAGGAAUGGGUACCAUAGCAGCUAGGGUUGCAUCCACAGUUGUUGCACAGCAGGGUACUCGACUCGGAAUUCAGGAUGCUGUUAAGCUAGCAGAAUCAUUUUCAUUUAAUCUCAACGCUUCCACCAUGUCAGACGUUGGUUCUGAUCACAUUUCAAGCUUGUAACACGGUGGCUUAGGUCAGUAGCGUCGAUUUUUCAAUUCUUUUGGUAGACUGUAAUCCUCAGCUGACACGUGAUAGCCUUGUAACUAUGUGUAUUACGUUAUUAAUAUACACAUCGAUUAUACUGGCAUUAAAUUUGCCAAGUUCAUCCAAA